UCUCCCUCCCUCCCUCUCUCUCAGUCUCUCUCUGUGUUAGCCAGGGGAGCAUGUCUGACUUUCUGCUUUGAAGUUAUGGAGUUGGACAAUUCCACGGAGGAGACCAGCCAUCAUGAGCCGCCGCCUGAGCGCGUGUGCCGGAGGCGGAGCAUGCCGGGCAGCACCACAGAGAAGGGCCCGCCCCUCGACCCAGGAGGCUCCACCCCUUUCAGGGUCACGGGCUUCCUGAGUCGUCGGCUGAAGGGCUCCAUCAAGCGCACUAAGAGCCAGCCCAAGCUGGACCGCCACAGCAGCUUCAGACACAUGCUGCCCGCAUUCAAGACGCCCGAGAGCGAACGAUCCCAUCUUAUGCCCAGGUUGAAGGAGUCUCGCUCCCACGAGUCGUUGCUCAGCCCCAGUAGUGCAGUGGAAGCUCUGGACCUCAGCAUGGAGGACGAGGUGCUCAUCAAGCCUGUGCACAGCAGCAUCCUCGGACAGGACUACUGUUUUGAGGUAACCACGUCAACAGGAAGCAAAUGUUUCUCCUGCCGUUCCGCAGCCGAGAGGGACAAAUGGAUGGAGAACCUCAGACGAGCCGUACACCCCAACAAGGACAACAGUCGGCGGGUGGAGAACCUGCUGCGCCUGUGGAUCAUCGAGGCCAAGGACCUGCCGGCCAAGAAGAAGUACUUCUGCGAGCUGUGCCUGGACGACACGCUCUACGCCCGCACCACCUGCAAGCUCAAGACGGACAACGUCUUCUGGGGCGAGCACUUUGAGUUCAACAACCUGCCGGCCGUCAAGAGCAUCACGGUGCACCUGUACAAGGAGACGGACAAGAAGAAGAAGAAGGACAAGAACAACUACGUGGGCCUGGUCAACAUCCCCAUCGGCGCCGUGACGGGCCGGCAGUUCAUGGAGAAGUGGUAUGCCGUCAGCACGCCCAACCCCAACAAGGGCAAGGCGCCGGGCCCCAUGGUGCGCAUGAAGCUGCGCCACCAGAGCAUGUGCAUCCUGCCCAUGGAGCAGUACAAGGAGUUUGCCGAGUACAUCACCAACAACUACCUGCUGCUCUGCUCCCUGCUGGAGCCCGCGCUCAGCGUCAAGAACAAGGAGGAGAUGGCCUCCGCGCUCGUCCACAUACUGCAGAGCACCGGCAAGGCCAAGGACUUCCUGACGGACCUGAUGAUGUCGGAGGUGGACCGCUGCGGCGAGAACGAGCACCUGAUCUUCAGAGAGAACACAUUGGCCACCAAGGCCAUCGAGGAGUACCUCAAACUAGUGGGACAGAAGUACCUGCAGGACGCACUGGGUGAGUUCAUCAAGGCGCUGUACGAGUCGGAUGAGAACUGUGAGGUGGACGCCUCCAAGUGUUCCAGCUCCGACCUGCCAGAGCACCAGAGCAACCUCAAGAUGUGCUGCGAGCUGGCCUUCUGCAAGAUCAUCAACUCCUACUGCGUUUUCCCGCGCGAGCUGAAGGAGGUGUUUGCCUCGUGGCGCCAGGAGUGCGGUAACCGGGGCCGACCGGACAUCAGCGAGCGUCUGAUCAGCGCGUCGCUCUUCCUGCGUUUCCUGUGUCCCGCCAUCAUGUCGCCCUCGCUCUUCAACUUGACGCAAGAGUACCCCGACGACCGCACCGCGCGCACCCUCACGCUCAUCGCCAAGGUCACGCAGAACCUCGCCAACUUCACCAAGUUUGGCAGUAAAGAGGAGUACAUGUCCUUCAUGAACGGCUUCCUGGAGCACGAGUGGACCAACAUGCAGCGCUUCCUGCUGGAGAUCUCCAACCCGGAGACCAUCUCCAACACGGCCGGCUUCGAGGGCUACAUCGACCUGGGCCGAGAGCUGUCCACCCUGCACGCACUACUGGCAGAGGCCGUGGCCGGAUUAGACCAGAGCACUGCAUCCAAGCUUGGCCCAUUGGCCAGGAUUCUACGUGAUGUCAACACAGCCCUGGCCAAUCCCAGUGGAGCUCCUCUGGCCACACCCCCUGAGAGGGUGGGCUCACCCAGCCUCCCCUCCAGCAGUCUCUCCACUGGCCUGCAGAAGUUCUCAAUGGAUGGAGAACUGACUGGCUUGGUGGACUUCACGCGUCUGCCGUCCCCGACGCCGGAGAACAAGGAGCUAUUCUUCGUGACACGCGGCUCGGUGGUCUCCCCGUCGCCCGCCCGCAGCUCCAGCUACUCGGACCCCAACGACAUGGACAACGGCAUGGCCUCCGGGUCAGGCCUGCCUCCUCCUGCCCUCAUGCCCCCCUCCUCCUCCUCCUCCGGCGCCCUGCCCAACGGCACGCGCAGCCUCUCCCUGCUCGACCUGCAGGAGUCCCACAGUCUAGAGAGCAACCCCAGCAUGGAGCUGGGUCUCGCCCUGGGCCUAGGCCCCGACGCCCAGUCCCCCACAGGGCUCUCCGGGGCCGCCGCCGCAGGGGCCACGCUAGCGGGCAGAGGGGGCCCCACGCUGCGCAGAGGCGGCGGGGGCCCCCAGACGCCCACCACCCCCGUGGAAGGCGUGGGUGUUGGGGGGGUUGUUGGUGGUCUGUCGGGCCGGGCCCAGAUCCUGGCGCCGCUGUCGUUCCAGAACCCCGUGUACCAGAUGGCGGCGGGGCUGCCGGUGUCGCCCCGCGGGCCAGCGGACUCGGGUUCCGAGGGCCACAGCUCGGUCAGCUCGCAGGGCAACCCCGACGACACCCCCAACGCCCCCAAACACGCCUUCCUGCCCCAGUCUGGGGGCGGGGGAGGGGGGGCCGGCAGCGGAGGAGAGGAGCACGGCUUGCGGCGUUCUGGAGAGUUCACCACGCGCCGGCAGCUGUCACUCACUGAAAUGCAGCAGCAGCAGCAGCAGUCUGGAGGAGCGGUGGGAUCGCAAGCCAUCGUGCCGCGACAGAACAGCGCGGGUCCCCAGAGGCGCAUCGAUCAGCCGCCGCCACCGCUGGCCGUCACCAGGGGGCGCACCCCGCCCAGCGUGCUCGGCAGCGGGCCCGGCGGCUACCCGCGGCCCUCCAGCGGCAGCAUGAUGUCAUCGUCAUCCCCCGACUGGCCCGCAGGGGGCAGCAGACUGAGGCAGCAGUCGUCCUCGUCUAAAGGAGGGGACAGCCCCGAGAGCAAGCAGCGCACACUGCACAAGCAGGCUCCAUCUCCGGUGAACCCUAAUGCUCUGGACCGCACGGCCGCCUGGCUGCUCAACAUGAACGUGCAGUACCUGGAUCAGGAGGGGGCCGAGGGAGACUUCAAGACCAGGGACGACCUCACACAGACCGAGAAGUACCAGCAGGAGAUCGCCUUGCUGCAGGAGCGUCUGCGGGCGUCUGCUGUGAAGCUGGAGGAGUACGAGGCGCGGCUGGCCAGCCAGGACGACCAGACACACAAGAUGCUGCUGGAGUACCAGUCACGCCUGGAGGACACCGAGGACAGACUACGCAGACAGCAGGACGACAAGGAGAUACAGAUGAAGAGCAUCAUCACCAGGUUGAUGUCUGUGGAGGAGGAGCUGAAGAAGGAUCACUCAGACAUGCAGGCCAUCGUGGACUCCAAGCAGAGGAUCAUUGACGCCCAGGAAAAGAGGAUAGCGUCUCUGGACGCGGCCAAUGCUCGUCUGAUGAGCGCCCUGUCGCAGCUGAAGGAGCGCUACAGCAUGCAGACCCGCAACGGCAUCAGCCCCACCAACCCCACCAAGCUGCAGAUCACCGAGAACGGGGAGUUCAGGAACAGCUCCAACUGCUAGUCCACACACACACACACACACACACAUAUAUAUCUAUCUCCAUAUCCAUACAUACAUACACACACACACCUGCUCACACACACCUAAAUAUAUUCUGUACACACAUAAAUACAGAGACAGUUAGACACACACACACAUGCAAGUAUAUGCACACCUACAUACAAACAUAUAGCGGUACACACUCUCAUAAACAAACUCUUACACACACACACAAACACACACACAGACACACCACACAUAUCAGCCUUAUCAAGCAGCUACAAAUCAGAACAAAUGGCACAAGUGUAAUACCACGCAGAGACCUACACACAUGCAGAAAGCAGAAACCACGCUGCCUGCGGACCGUACACACUGCGAGAACAGAGCUGCCAGCUACAGUCAUACCUUUGAAAACAGUAGAGCAGGAGAAAUGGCUUUUAGCAAUGUUACAAGACAAGCCAGCUGAACAACACAGCAGUGCCAUCAAGACAACCAUGAAAACAGAUCUAAAAAUAGAGUCACACAAAUGCACACAUACACAACAACACUCAACUUUACACUUCAACACACAUCAAGGAUCACAGGAAAAUGCACAAUACCAGGUUCACACAGGGCAUAGAGAAUCACACACACACACACACACACACACACACACACACACACACACACACACACACACACACACACACACACACACAAAGACAUUGGCAGUCACCAUGAGAGAGGUAGUAAAAACAAAGGCUCCCAUCUGAACUAGCAUGCGAAGCGUUACUAAGAAACAGCAAAUAAGAUCUUUGGAAUUGAUUAUGGAAAUAUAAGCAGCAGAGGGAAUCCACUGAGGAUGGCUUUGCUCACCAACACACACAGAUAUAAGAGUGUGUGACAGACUUGGACAGUGACACGUGGACUGUAAACGCAGUGGCCAGAGGUCCUCACAUUUGCCUCCAUUGUCUCAUUGACCACUACACACACACACACACACACACACACACACACACACACACACACACACACACACAGGGGUGUGUUUCUCGACACUGUCAAUGUUAAUUAAGUCAGCAACUUACUUGGUUACAAUGCGAUAUUCCAUUGGCAACCUACGAAGUUGCUAACUGGUUAGCAGGUAUGUCCUCGAGAAACGGGCUCCAGGCCUUUUCAUCUCCAAAACCCUUUGGGCCUUCGUCCCCAGGUGCCCCACCCCAAUUCCCCCCAGCUUCUCCAGAAAAGAGACUGUGGUGACAAAAAAAAGUUCCGCCCCUGGACCUCUUGCUCCACUGGAACGCAGAACAGUUCCUGUCCCGGUUCUACUCUGGAAACAUCUCCUGGUCUCCUCAACAGGGGAAGUUCCAUCACAGGAACUUCAAGUCCAGAAAACCUCCAAGAAGAGUUAUGUGCUUACCCGCCAACUAGCCCAGGGAACGUCCCUAGUUUCCUCAUCUAACAUCCUAAAUAUAGUUCAUUCAGAAGUCUUCGUUUUCCAGGAACUCCAGGAACUCUAGGAACCCCUCUCCCCAAGGCUUUCCUCCUCUGCUUUGGAACUCUUGCGUUCUGUCUUGUGUGAGUGUGUGAGCUUAGUGCCAGUGUCUGACUGGGUGCUCAUCACACACACAAAUAGUCAAACCCACUCAUACACCCUCUCCUCUACUCAUACACCCUCUCCUCUACUCAUUCAGAGCAUCCUUUGCAUCAUUUGUUUGUGUAGACGUUUGGGCAUCGCGUGUCUCCUGCUACAACACUGCACUCGUGUGUCCGUGGCAUCUCAUCAUCUUAGUUUUCCCCGACAGCUUUGAUGUUGUUCCUUUUUUUUAACAGCAUGCUGCAUAAUGAAAUGUAUUAUUAUGUAAAACAUUUUUUAAAGAGAUCUCAUGCAACAUUUUUAAAAACUUUUUUAUUGCACACCUGUAUGAGAUUGCCGAAUUUUAUCCAGCGCUACCACCCACCAUAGACUGUCACCUUUGGCUGUCAUCUGGCUUGGUUCAGGAUUUUUGCCACAAAUCUCUUUCCGUAUUCAGUGUGGUUGUCACCCCCCAGCCCGUCCCCCCGUCCCCUCGUCCCCACUGCACUCCCCCAUAACUGCUUGUUGGUUCCACGUUAUAUGUAUUUCGUAGAGCUCAAUGCCUUUUUCGUUCUUCCAUCAGUACGCUCUUCUCCUGUCCCAUGGCAUUCAGCUCACCAGGGCUUUGACAGCACAAAGACAGCUUGCUAUCGAAUGGCAAGCUGAGGGGUGGAAGAAAAAAAAUACAAACUACAAAUGAAAUUUAUCAACAAAUUAUCAACUUAUGUUCUUUGUUGCAUACUUUGUAUGUGCAUAAAAAUAUCAGUGUAUGUAGGGGCUCUCACGCCUUUGAGAUGUACAUAGAAUACUACAGAUAUUUUCCUUUUGGUUUGGUUGAUUUUUUUAAUUAUAAUUAUUAUUGAAACUUUUAAAGGAGAAAAAAACAAUAUUUUGUACAGUGAGUGUUAUCGUUAACCUGUGUUGAGUUCUGUUGCGCCCAUGUUAUAGAAAGAGCAAAAUCCCUCAGAUAGUGGCGACCUCUGGUGUGGCCUGGCUGUUCCCAAGCCUCCUAUCCAUGCCGGCUGGGAUCUGGGCCACGUCUGGCCCAGAGUCGCACACUGUCUAGGCAAUAAUCUCCAGGUUGUAGGUUCUGGUUGUGCUGCGGCUUGUGUAGAUGCUUGGAGGUGUGUGUGUGUGUGCUAUCCUCUGACUGUCACUAGAUGCCGUCUGCUGCGCUACUGCACACGUCCCUCAUUAGAAGCAAGCUAUUUCUUGAGUGUUGGCGCUACGCUAGGCUAGGCUAGGCUACCCUUUGCGACACAGCCCCGGCUCAAGCCCUGCUCUAGUCUACUGGCGAAAGGGGCUGUAGAGCUGGGAGCCUCCAUCAAAACUACAUAAGCUCAUAAGCUCAGUGCUGAGUUUACAUCAUGCCUGUGUGUGUGUGUGUGUGUGUGUGUGUGUGUGUGUGUGUGUGUGUGUGUGUGUGUGUGUGUGUGUGUGUGUGUGUGUGUGUGUGUGUGUGUGUGUGUGUGUGUGUGUGUGUGUGUGUGUGUGUGUCUGAGGGUCAUGAGUUAAUAGUAAUAAGUUUGAGCAAGAGAGCGAGAGAUUGGUCAAAGUUAAUAAUUGUUAUCAUUUCAUGGUUCCUAUGUUAAACACUAUGUUCCUCCUUCAUUGGUUCUUUUUUCAUUCUUUUUUUCUUUUCUUGUUUUUGGUCCGACUUGCCAUUUGUACAGAAUUAUUUAUAUUUUGGUUGGUUAUAUUUUGGAAAUUGGUUACAGUUAUUUAUUUAAUGUUGUUUUCCAUUUUGUCCCAAUGUUUUUGUUUUUGUUGAAAUAUUGUUUUCGCUCCAUUAUCCACAUCAACGGAUCAGUUUUGUAAGCCCCCGACCACUUUGCAUAUCAGCAGGUUCUGUUAAUAUCAUUUGAUUUUGUUCCACAGAGUUUAUUUGGUGACAUAUUAUACUGUAUGUCUCAAUGUUUCUUUCUAUGCCCCAAGGUGUCCAUAAGAUGCUAUUAACACAUCAAUAAAGGAUUAUAAUGCCCUUAUUAAGCUUUAGAGUGAUAUUUGUGUUUAUAGCCAACUGUUAACACUGGGGGUAUAGAAGUUGUUAUCGUUUUUUGCUUUUGUUGAUUUUACAAUGGGUCAUUUUUUUACAUUCUUUAUGUACAUAAAGCUUAUUUGCGCCAUGUUGAUCUUUUCGAAGGCAAUAGCACUGCAUCCACACAUUAACCCUUUAGCGCCCAGAGCUGAGCUGGGUGCCUCAUGUGUUGCCCAUGGCGGCGUUCCGGAACCCUCCACUCGAUGACAUGCAUGGAUGUGGAAGAUGGUCAAUGCUUUUAACAUUUUGUACCAUCCCAUAACAAAAGCCUUUCUUUUUUGUAUGUACUGUAUGUAAUGUCAAAAAGUUAACAUUUGCAAGAUUGCUUUUGUGUAAAUACAUCAGAAGUUGAAAUGUUAAAAAAGAACAAAAAACAAAACACUAUAUGAAGAGUUGUUUGUGUUUAAGAAAAGAAAAAAACAAAAUGUGUCUGUGCAAUUCAUGUACAAUUGCAGCUAGAACUAUUAAAGUUUUAUUUAGCUAUUUUAA